AUUGGCUCAACAUGUAUUCAAAGGAUGGCCCAGAUUUCUUGUUUUUCCCUGUGUUUGGACAGAAGGUGCAUGAUUUAUCAUUAUUAUCGUUAUAUCAUACAAACAGCCCUGUGGAUGAUAUUGACGUAUACCUCUUUCUUGGAUACAUCUUUCUGGGAAAUAAUGAAAUGAUACAGUUUACAUCAUUUGCUGGAUUGGGCGGAUUAAAUUUUAUUUUGUCUUGGAGUGGAACUGUGGGUGCCUACGUAAUUAAAUCUUGGAAAGCAUCCCAUUUUGGUAAUUAUCUUGAAAUUAUCGUUAUACUUUUCUGUCAUCAAUCAUUUUUGGAAAGUGUAAGUGAUAUUUCAUCAAUUUCAGGAAGCGAUAUUGAUGCCGGAAGCAAUAGUGAUGCCCCAAUUUUAGGAAAUGGUGUUAACGUGGAAACUACGGAAAAUAAUGAUAAUUCACCACAAAGCCGAAACUUUAAAAAACUUAUGGUCAUUCAGUUAACCAAUCCUGUAAUCAUUUAUCUUAUUGCUAUUUUUUUUGUGAUAGCUUAUGGAUCAAUUCGAUAUUCAACAACGUACAUUCCAUUCUAUCAACGAAAUAUUGAGUCAUACGCUGCGCAUUCACUUGUCAAAAUCGGAUGUGUGAUUGGCGCUAACAAUAAUUUUGAAAAUAAAUACUAUGUUGAUCGGACAGAAGAAUUAGCGCGAAAUGGCAGCAAAUUUAUUUUAUGGUCUGAAA